AUGUUCUGCCUCGCCUCACUACCAAUGUUCUUUAUGGAAAUGGUACUUGGACAGUUCUCCUCGUCGGCUGCGAUUAGUGUUUGGAAGGUGGUUCCGUUGUUUAAGAGUGCUUCUCCCAUCUAAAAAUGCCACGUUUCUGCCGUCGUGUACAGGAAGCUUCAAAUCCAUCGUGUCUUCACAUGCUUCUAGCUUGUCAUCGUCCAACGAUCAGUCGAGCUCUUUUCGAAGAGGAAGGCUUCAAGGAGGGAUGGUGGUGUGCAAAGUGUACUAAGGAAGAUCGUAGAAGGCAACUGUCGGAAGCUAAGGAGCUUCGACAAAAGGAAGGUGGAGGGGAUGAAGAAGAUCAUGGAAGUGAAUCUGACGAGGAUGAGGAGGAUAUUGUUGAAGAAGAGACUCGAGGAAGAUCUGCUAAACGAAAGGCCAACGCUGCAAUGCGAGAUGUGCUUGAAUUUGAAGGAGUUUUGAGGCAGACGCCUGCCCCGCCACCGCCGAAGAGGCACAAGUCCGUUGUUGUGCCGUUAAGGGAAGUGCUGGAGCUGUUCAACUCGAUCGAACGUGCCAAUCCUCGACUCUACAAGACCCUGCAACAAAUUCCCGGUUCGACACGUAACGCUCAACACGAGAAUCACUCUCUGCCGGAUAUUGAGCAAGUUUUGGACGUUUACACGUCUGCCGAGCAGCUUCGCGAGCAUUUGAGCCAAUUCUUCCGUCAUGCACGUGGAUACGUUGAGACUCAUAACCCAAGAAAGUUGGAUGAUCUUGAUGAGCUCAUUUCUGAACUCAAUUUUAUGUGA